AGGAGGAGGAGGAGGAGGAGGAGGAGGAGGAGGAGGAGGGGGAGACGAUCUGCUGGAGGAAGCAGCAGCAUCGUUGAUUUUUGCAGGAGCCUAGGCAGCUGUCCUCCGUUGCCGUGACGAUGGGCUGCUGGCUCUCUGGACCUUGGAUGGGGGACCAAACGUUGAGUGGGCGGAGUCUUGCAAACCUGAGCCAGCGCGAUGCUCUGCGGAUUCUGGCGGCCACUCAGCGUCCAAUCACCAUGCAGAUCAAGGGUCAGAGGGGGUGUGGCACCGAGGCAGACAGGGCAAUUUGGGAGCCUCUACCCCUCAACCUGCAGCACCUUAACCUGCCACUCCCAAUGAUGGGGGCGGGGCACAAUGCCUCCAGUCCCUCCUACCAGGACAGACUUUAUUACAGCCAUCUUGCUCUGCCACAAGAUCACUGUGAUGCAGGACGGUACAGCUACCUGUCCAGUUCCCCACGGGACACAAUGGACAUCAGCCACAAGAUCCCUGAGGACCCAGAACUGAUUGGCCGUGGACAAAAGGGACAGAACUGCCUGAUGGGAUGUUGCAAUGCAAACUUAGAAGAACCUAACGGCUUCCACAGUCAGACUGAUGACGAGGACUUCAUGAUGGAGAAGCCACUGGGCUUCAUGCCCCUCCACCAUGAGCUGGACAGCGGUCUGGGCUGGACUGAUGGCUCCAUCCACCAGGGGGACCUCUCUGGGCUGGAGACUGAGGAAGGAGGCCUGGAGGACUGUCAUUCACAUGGGGCCCUCGCCCCAGGGGGUUGUGGGGGCUUCGGAGGUGGCGGCUCUCCCUCCUCUGAGUCCUUUAUUUCUUCGGAACUCAGUGACUCGGGCUUCUACAGCGUAAGCACCGGCGAGUUCAGGCAUUUCCAGAGGCUCCUGGAAAAGCGCAUGCGGCUGUACAACGCCAGGCUGCAGCAUCAGGGCGAACCCUGUGAGAGGCGGGAGCGGCGUGACAGCUGCCCCAAGAGUCACCGGGAGCUGCUGGAGGCCAUCCCUGAGGCACUGACCAUGCAGCCUCAGUGUCAGCGCCUGCAGGUCAAUAUUGAGGACAGCACUGGGUCCAUCAUGGAUCUCCCACCGCGGGGACUUUUCAGGGUUUCAUCGGUCCAGUUCCACAAAGCUGACCGGCCCUGUCUGAGCCGUCACAGCUCCAGCAGUGGAGCCCUGUUCAACCCCUCCCACGCCCAUGCUGCACUCUCACGAAUUAAUGCCCCAGUCCUCUCCACCUGCAGCACCCCCUCCAGCCACCGGAGACCACUGGUACCCAUACAGCAGCAGCACCACCAGGGCUCCAGUUCAGUAGGUAUGCUGAGAAGAAGUAGAACUCUGCACCAUCGUCCUCCUCCACAGGAGUACCGCCGCCGGGCCAGCCACCCAGCUUCCCCCUCCUACUGUGCAGAAACCCUGCAUCACUGUGGAGGUGUGCCCCAACAUAACGUCCUGCCACCGGGCCUGCCAGAGGAAGGUGAGCUAGUAGCUGGUGUGAUGGCUUCUCACCCAGCAAGCCUGGCUGUCCCACCACAACAACACCCCAAUGCUUUAGGGCAUAUCAGGAGUCCCAACACCCAUGAGCGAUGCUACGACAACAACACUAAUGCACAGAUUGCUCACCAUGAAUGGUGGCACUCGCAAGAAAGAAACAUGAUGCCAGAGCAACUGAUGGCAGAAAGGGAAAGAGAGAGGAAGAGGGAACUGGAACAACAGAGGCAAAUUCAUGAAAAAGAGCUGGAGAGGGAGAGAGAGAGGGAAAGGGAGAGGGAGAGGGAAAGGGAGGCAGAGAUUCAGGAAGAGAUGGACAGAGAGAGGCAGCAGGAGCUGGUGAGGAGCCGAGCCAGAGAGCAGCAGCACCUGCAGAGUUUGGUUAACCCUCCUCAGGCUGGUGACGUCAACGACACCUGGCCGAAACCUGCCAACCGUCAGUCUCAGGGUGGCGGGGGAGGAAGAGGUCUUUACAGCACCCUGGAGGGCCACACAGGGGCUGGCUGUGCAGUAGGAUGGGACGCAAAGAAAGGACACAUAAAUGAGAAUUCAAGCCCUAAUCCCUGUUCUGGUAUUCAGCCAAAACCCAAUCCAUGCGCAAAACCCAAUACAACCUCACGGGUCUCCAGGAACCAGCUCUUAAGAGAUCGGGCGUCUCAGCUAGCGGAUGAACGCAGUGGAAUGAGCACAGAUGAGGAGACCAAUACCGACAUGCUCAUGGGUCGUUACUGGAGUCGCAUGGAGAGAAGGGAACACUUUCUGUUGGCCCGUGAGCAGAGGCAGCAGCAGCAGCAGAUGCAGGCCAGAGGAGCGACUCUACGAGACGCUUUCGUCAGGGGUGGAACAAUCGCUGGAGGAGGAGGAGGAGUCUCUCUUGGAGAAGGCUCUAUGCUGGACAGCAGAGGAGGUGGAGCUUUUACAGAAGGGAGGUGCAACACAGUGCUGGAGCUGAGUCAGAGGAAGCUAAGUCGUCUGAGGAACAGGAAGCUUUUGGAUGACUGGACGACAGUAGAGGAGCUGUUGACUCAUGGGACCAGGCUGAACAACCAUGAGGACAGGCUGUGUACCAGCUCCCUGCUGACGGUCACCACCGUCUAACUGCAUGGGCACCACGUCUAAAUAUAACUCUGUGAGAGUGUGAUGUCAGGCUAACAUGACCACAUUUUAGUGAUUCCUCUUGUUCUGUCUUUUCCAUGUCAACGGUUAGAUGGAUAUCAAUUUCUUCUGUGUGACCUGUACCAGCUUAAUCUUAAGUGGGAAUAAAAAAACUCCUAUCCUGUCUGAUUCAAACAAACAGUUUGAUUCAUUCCCUACACCUUUCACAAAGCAGCACAAGAGACUGAAUACAACGUCUUUGCACCUUAAUUUGUGCCUAGGUUAUACACCUUUUUCACUAGCAAAAGUAGAGUAGGGACCCUAAAUGUACUUGGCCAUGCACUUUAGACCAUGCAGGAUAGAUAGUUUUAAAAGAGCCUGCACAUUCCAACUUCGUAAGUCCAUGCAGACCCCUCUAUGGUUGUAUAUACAAGUAUGCCACCCCAAAACAGGACUUUCCAUAAAGUACGUACCUACAUUAUAGUUCCACUGUGUGUCAUUCAGCUUGCUGUCUCUAUCCUUUUUGGAGUAUUUUUGAGAUUUUAGUCAUCUUCUAAAGAAGAACAGGGUCCUCUUCAUCUCUGUACUUGAAUCUCAAAGAAGAAACUGAUAACCAUCUUCUCAUAUAACUGUGGGGAUGGCAGUGAACAAGACGACUUACAGAAUGUUGGACUGUUCCUUUAAUGAAUAUAUGUGUGAGACUCACUACAUCACCUCAACUGAUAGCUUUAUGUGUGGGUGUGUGAUCACUGUACAGCACUCGGAACAAAAUGUGUGUGUCAGUGCAUGACGUUUGUAAAGACAAAAAAGGUCAGAUAAGCGUGUAUGUUUGCAUCAUGUGUUUCAUGCUACAUCUUCUGCUACAUUUAUUUCACAGAAUCUUUGACAAAAUGACAAACAAAAUCAAAUAUUCAAACAGACAAUGAUGUUUCGGGGAGCAAUACUGUUCUGCAUGAUGAACCUGGCUGUGCACUAAUGAUUGACCACACACGACUACUUUUACAUCAGGCCCACAGAACACAUCAACUGUAGCAAUGCAGAAAAUGACAACUGAGAUUUGAUACCAAAUCCUGAAAGGUUUUUAUAGAAACUCUGUUUACAAUUAAAAUAUCAGUCCAGAGAGCUUUUGUAAUGGAAAUGAGAAAUGCAACAGGGUUUACUAGGUUGUGAAACACUAGUGAAACCGUGUUGAUCAGGCAUUGGGAACAAUGUGCCACACAAAACAAUUUGACCACAGCGUUUAUGUAUAAAAUCAGCUGAUGUUGUACUAAGAAAACACAGUAACGGCAAACACUGAGUUGUAAUAAUUGGAUGGAAGAUGAGAUGAUAGACCUUAAAUAUUUUCAAAAUGAAAGCACCAUAAUGUGUGAUGUCGUAAUAACAAAAGUCAUUAUUACUUUUCUGCCGACAUGGCUUGAAUGCAGCAUAAGAUUCACUGUUUAUGGCACAAGGCUCCCUGUUCCUGCUGGUGUCUUUACUGUUGGCAGGAUGUUUACAUAUCUACCUACCCAGCUAACAGCUUAUGCAUGCCUACUGAAAUCUGUGUGAUGAGUUGACAGUGUGGAGACAAUUUCAAAGAAAGAAGAUAAACUGCGAGUCAACCAUAUGUUAGGUUGUCCAGACUGCUGCAGCAUCUGGACAGUCAGGAUAGACACUACAGCACUACAGUCAGUGUUGACAUUCCACUAAAGACAGGUACCGUGUGAGUUAGUCUGAAAUCUACUGAUUCCAGUCUGCAGUUCGGGAAAAUGUGCAAUAAUACCUCAAGCUAGUUUUACAAUGACAGUGUUGUGUGCACUUCCUGUCAGGUGUCCAUCAAAUGCAGUAAGUUGUUUAAAUCAAACAGAUGCACAAACGUGGCGAGUCACCGCAAGUGUACAGUAAUCCUAGAAUCAAAAUGGUUAUGUACAUAUUUACAUUAUUUCUUUACAUCGUUUUCCAUGAGAGGGACCUAAGAAAACAACUUUUUGCACAUCAUUUUUUAUACGAAAAGUUUUCCCUACCUUUCUGUAACAGGGACUAAGGCCAGUGGAACGACUGUAGAUAGAACGACUGUGUGUUGAUGUUUCUUUAUAAACUAUCAUAGUGAUUUAUGAAGGACAAAAUAAGUUUAUUGUCAUUGUGUUGGACAUAUUUCAAUAUUUUUCUUGUGAUGGUUUCAAAACCAAUGUGAACAGUUUUAUGACUUUUAAAAUCUACUUAAUUUAUUAAAAAGCUGAAAAAACUUUGAUUUACCAUUUUCGGAGAGUGAACACAAAACGUGAAUAUUAUUGUCUCUUUAAAUGGCUAAAUUGAAUUUUACUGUUGUUUUGUGUCAUUAUGACAUGUACAUAUUGAUUUUUUCAGAAGGUGCAGACGAGGCUGGAGUUAGUAAUAGGACAUGCUGGUGCCACCAGACAUCUCCAGUGGUUUAUCAUGUGACUCUGUAGGUUUAUAGCUGUGUUAUGGAGGCUGUAUAUAUACAGCCUAGAGAUUAACAUUGUAGUAUUAGUACAUUUAAC